AUUCGAUAAAACAAAUUUAUGACUAUAUUUCCCGCAGAAAAUGUUGAAUAUAAAUCAAAAAACAUUACAAUUCUUUCUUCAUACUUGAUUUCUGACUUAACUGUAAACAGCUACUGUUUGCACGAAGACAAACAUUUGGACUACUAAUGCACCAUGUUUUGUGAAAAAGAAAUAGCUCGUGAUUUACGAAAUUUUCAAAAGUCAUGUAAAGAAAAGAGACAACUUGUGAUAGAAACCUACUUAAAUGAGGAAAAAAACCUGAAUGAAGAAUACUCUAAUAAUUAUAAAUUACUGCUUAAAUCCCAUAAAAAGCAGCUAAAAGAUCUUCAUGUCAAAGUUGAAGAACGUAAGAAAAAUCUAAGGAGGAAGCUGGAAAAUGAACUGAAAUCAGAGAAAAAGAAUCUAAAAAAGUUAUACAAGUACAAAUCUCAAAGUGUUAGCCGACUUAGCGAAUUAGGCGAUAUACGGACUUCAGUGAUUUCACUGGAUGAUUCACCGUCUAUGCAAAAUGCUCCAUUCAUUGAGAAUACAAAUUUACGUAUGGCAAUAGUCCCAUCAUCAACAGGAUCAUCUCAGAAUAAUAUACCAUCAAAUAUCAGUAAUGCUGGUAACAAUAACAAUACCAUAAAAGAAAGUAAAAAAGCGAAUUCUCGACUGGCAUUGAGAAAACAUCUCAGUAAAAGUGAAUACAUGUUGAAUAGUAAAAAUAGCAGUAAUAAUAAUAAAAAUAAUAAUAAUAAUAAAGAUUCAAACAGGAUUGAUUAUGACAUAGAACAGAUUAGAAAUGAAUUAGAAGAAAGAUUUCAAUGUUGUACAAUGGAUUCGCGAAAUUCUGUUGCUCAAAUGGAAUGGAAAUGUUUAUUAGAAAGACAAGAAUUACGAAGAGCCUACUUAAACAAUCUUGGUGAAUUAAAACAACGUCGUAUUAUGUCAUUGGGAAAUUUAACUCGAUUCCAAACUAAAACUUAUUAUGAUAUACAAAGAAAAUGGUUAAUUCAACUGCAUACACACGAAUUAAAUCUACGUAAUAAACAAUGUGAAGAGAAGUUGAAACGGUUAGCUGCAACACAAACGAUAGAACGUCAAACCGCUUGUAGAUUAGUGAAAGAAUCAACUAAAGGACAAAAACAAAUGAUUCGGAUUUUAGAGGAUAUGUUGAAAAAAGACGAAAGAUUGAAUAAGCCGGAUUAUGGAAUAAUGCUGGAAAGCGGUAAUAGCAGUAAUAAUAAUGGAAGGCAUGUUUCAAUGUUUGAACCUUUUGUCGAGUCACCACCUAAUAUUUCAGCAUCCGAUGAAUGUAUACCGAUCAAUAACAAUAAUAAUAAUAAUACAAAUAAUCGUCUAUCAGGAUCAUCUGUACAUCAAAGGAAUCAAACCUUGUCAAUGUAUUCACCAAUAGGUAUUACUUCAGUGGAUGAAAGUAGUCAGACAUCAGAAAUAUCAUCAUUAGAUUAUAAAUUAAAAUGUGAACAAGAAAAUUAUCGUCGAUUAAAACAAUCAAAAUUAAAAGUUGUAGAAAUAAAAACUGAUGUACCAACACCGUUUGUUGAUCAUCAACAUCAGGAACAUCAAAAUGAGAAUCUACGUAGAGUGAAAUCGGCUCAAAGUAUUCAUUCAACGAUAAGCGCAUAUGAAUCUUUACCAAAAACAAUUUUAAAUUUGUUAACAACACGUCAAAGUGAUUUAUGGACAAGUGUAUUAGAACAAGAACAUUUACUAACAGAAAGUUUAAUGAAAUCACAUAUGGAACAAUUGAAAGCAUUGACAACAAGUGAAAAUUUAGCUGUUAAACGAUGUCAAAUGGAUUUUGAUAAUCGUUCAGCUUAUCUAUCAGUUACACUGGAAGCUAAUCAGAGAUUUGCAGAACAAGAAUUCGCUGAAGAACGUGAACGUAUGAUACGUUUCUAUUUCGGUGGUGAUAUGCAUACUGAUGGUGAUUCACAUGAAACUUCUCAUUGUGAACCAGAAAAUCUUGACAAUGUGAAUUCUAUUUCAGAUGUGAACAGUGAUCGUACAGAAGUUGUCAGGAGUAAUUAUCAUCAGUCACAACAUGUAGACAUUGAGAAUUUAAGUGAAACUAUUACACUGCCUGUAUCAAGUGCUAUUAAAAAAUUUGAAGGGUACACAAAUAAAAAAGGUCAAAAAUGUUUACCAAUCACCUUUAAACCACGUUCUUCGUCUUCUUCUACUACUUUGACAAGACCAAGUAUUCUGGAGGGGAAACGUGGGAGUAUUAUUCAGGAGGAUACAAGCAAUGGGAGAACAGAAGAAAAGCAUAAGUAACAUGUAGUAACAAUUUUUCCCGUUAACAGUAACACAAUGGAGUUGAAGUCAGUUUUUUUCUACUAAUCAAAUGUAGUUUUAUGUUCUUUUGUGUGAAAUUAGUGGAACUGUGUUUGACAAAAAAAGAAACAAGUCAGAAAGACAGGGAUCAAUAUUCUUCAGUAAUAAAACAUUCCAUAUUAUUGAUUAUCACUCACUAUAACUAAUAAUAACAACUGUCAUCCAUUUUAUUGAUUUUAUUUACUUGUAAUUAUAAAAU